UAAUUCAUUCAGACAAUCUUUACUGACCUAAACGGACAUAGUACGGCCUUCUAAUGUUAUGUGUAAAAUGGACAUGUUAGUAGAUAGUGCGAUUUCAAUGCAGCCCGGACAUCUCGCUGUUUAAAGAGAGACGAAGUUUUUACGACUAACUGUGAAACCUUCAUCUUCAUUACACUUAUUAAAAGUGUUUUUUAACGCUCUGCUGGCGUCUGGAUGCAGAAUACUCAUGUUCCGUGUGUUAAUGGUGUUGAUUCUUCAAGUGAACGCGCACUGCAUGUAUCUGAACUGGACAUCACAUGACAGACCAAACAUAGUCAUGCUAAUGUCUGAUGCCUUCGAUGGCAGAUUAACAUUUUCUCCAGGCAAUAAAGUUGUACAGCUGCCUUACAUCAACUAUAUGAGGGAAAUGGGUGCAGUUUUUCUCAACUCGUACACUAAUUCACCAAUCUGCUGUCCUUCUAGGGCAGCUAUGUGGAGUGGCCAGUUUGUGCAUUUGACCCAGGCCUGGAACAAUUAUAAAUGUCUUGAUCCCAAUGCCACCACAUGGAUGGACCAUUUAGGAAAGAGUGGUUACCACACUCAUAGCAUGGGGAAACUAGACUACACAUCAGGACAUCACUCUGUCAGUAAUCGUGUGGAGGCGUGGACCAGAGAUGUUCCAUUCCUGCUGAGACAAGAGGGCCGUCCGGUCACAGAUCUGGUGGGUGAUGCAUCCACAAAGAGGGUGAUGACUAAAGACUGGAACAUCACUGAUGCUGCCGUCCAGUGGAUCCGACACACUGCUGUGUCUCUCGCCCAACCAUUUGCACUAUACGUGGGGCUCAAUCUCCCCCACCCGUACCGCACAGACUCCCUGGGACCCACGGCCGGUGGUUCCACCUUCCGCACCUCCCCAUAUUGGCUAAACAAGGUUUCUUACGAUCAAGUGUCUGUUCCGAAGUGGUUACGGGUUGAAGACAUGCACCCUGUGGAUUACUACUCCACCUUCACCAAAAAUUGCAGUGGCCACUUCACAGAGGAAGAGAUCAGAAACAUUAGAGCCUAUUACUAUGCCAUGUGUGCUGAAACAGACAGCAUGUUGGGUGAGGUGAUAGCUGCUCUCAGAUACACUGGCUUACUGAACAGGACAGUUGUACUGUUCACUUCGGAUCAUGGGGAUCUAGCCAUGGAACACAGGCAAUUCUAUAAGAUGUCCAUGUUUGAGGGCAGCUCUCAUGUCCCCCUGCUUAUAAUGGGCCCAGGAGUGAAGACUGGCUUUGAAAUCAGUCUACCUGUAUCUCUAGUGGACAUUUAUCCCACUGUGCUUGGUCUUGCUGGUGUUCCACAGCCAGGGGGUCUCAGUGGUCACUCUCUGAUCCCUCUGGUUUCUGGGGUCAGCGCUCAGUCAGCGGAGCCUCAUCCCGGCUGGGUGCUCAGUGAAUAUCAUGGUUGCAAUGCGAACGCCUCCACGUAUAUGCUGAGGAUCGGCGAGUGGAAGUACAUCACAUAUGCAGAUGGAUUGACCGUUCCCCCACAACUCUUUAACUUGUCCAAAGAUGAAUCAGAAUUGAGAAAUGUUGCAUCACACUUCCCUGAUGUAUGUCAAAACUUGGACAAGCUGUUACGCAGAGUUGUGGACUAUCCCAGUGUCUCCCAAGCUGUUCACCUCUACAAUAAAAAACUGUUUCUGGAAUGGAAGCAAAGCCUAGGAGACAGUUACUCCCAGAUCAUAGCCAACCUGCGAUGGCACAUUGACUGGCAAAAGGAUGCCAAGUCCUAUGAGAGAGUUAUUGAAGAAUGGCUGUUAGGCCUGGACUGAUCAUCCGUUAUAUAACUGUCAGCGAUCAGCACAAACAAGAGACUAUUCAUGUUCCGAUUUGGAACAAAAAAACUAUGUGAUCUCCAAAAAUCAAGGCUACCCAGACAGUGUACUUGAAACAUAGUUUAAUUGCACUCUACUUGUGAAAUAACCUACUUGUGAAGUUUUAGGAGCUCUUUUUAGUCAAUCCUGCAAGACAGACUUUUCAGGAUAGGAGAUGGAAUAAAAAUGAGCUCCUAAAACUUACUGCCAGAUUCUGGAAGAUAAAUUCUUCAAACAGUGGUGCUGGUCCUUCAAGAGUCACUCACAACUUACCUGUCCAUAAAGCAUAUAAAAAAAAUCAGUCUUAAUGUAUUUCCUCAAUACUUCAGCAUGUUAUUCUUAUUAAGUGAGGGUCUUUUUUUCUUUUUUAAGAUUUUUUACCCAAGCAAAGUCUCUGAGAACCUCACUCCUUGUAAUUCUGGAGACUCCAGGAAGGUUGCAGUUCUGGAAAAUGGUAGCGCUGGAGACUAAAUGUUUCCUGAUGUUUUAUACCUAAUUCUUCACAUUAAUUCUUAAAUUUUUUGCGGUUAACGUGUCUCUUAUUCUCCACCUGUUUUUUCUGAGCUCGCUGACCCAGUGAGCAUUUUGCUGUCCAAUGGUCAUGUCUUAACUUUGCAAUUUCUGUAUUGCAUUAGUUUUGAAUAUUUCUUAUGGGGAUUUAAUCAUUUUUGACAUCUCAGUCUGAGUUAAACCUCUUUUUUGGCUCAUUUUAUCAGUAAAAGUAAACCUGCCUAAUAAUUCU